UAUGCAACUUAUUAUUCUGAGAAAACACAUUGACGAAUUGGGCGACAAAGGCGAGAGCACAAAACACUCGCUAGUAAAAAAGAAUUGCGAGAGGAGUGUACCACUUGGGAAUUAUUUAGAUGAAUAUUAUGAGAGUUAUAAGCUACAGAAGACCUUUUACGAGCAACAACGUACAAAGGCUGCAUUGGAGAAAGAAGGAACCAAAGGAAGCCAGCUAUCAACUGAACUUGCUGACGCUUGCGAUAUUCAUAGUAGAUUACGCGGUAUUAUACUUCACCAUCAAGCUAUCAUCAGGAACGCUAAGUCACUGCAGGACUGCCUGAGUAACAUGCUACUGGUUCAAAGCGCCUCCCUCGGUUCCGUUAUCUGCAUUCUGUUGGUUCAGAUAGCUCUGAGCGCUCAAGGAGCACGAGAAACUGGGAAGAUCUGUGGCUACAUGUUUGCGAUAUUUGGUGAGCUCUGGCUCUACUGCUGGUUCGGAGACAAACUUAUGUCGGAGGGCGAGAAUUUGACGCUGGCGGUAUAUGAUGCGGUGACGUCACUACACGAAUGCUCCACGUCCAUCAAACGAUCGCUGCUGCUGCUCAUGCUGAGGUCUCAGCGGACGCUUUGCAUCACUGCCGCCGGAUUCUUCCCUCUCUCCAGAGAGUCCUUCGUGUCGAUCUUAAAUAUCUCUUACUCAUUCUUCACCAUUCUUCGAAAUUUCAAGGGUGAAUGAAGAAGGAUAGACACUGCUGCUACACUCGCUGCUGUUUUGUUGUGAUUUAACAUCGAUGUCUAAAACGAUAGAGUUGUGCAUAGCUUGGAACAGGGGUAUUUUAUUACUCUGAGAAAAUCACUACAACUGCAUAAUGUUUUAUAUUCUGAUUUUAAUGUAGCCUGUCUGAUAAUCUACCGAAAGUACUAAUCUAGGGAUAAGAAAAGAAUUUUCAGAUAGAUUAACACAUUAUGACUGUCUUUCACCAUGAUAAUUUAUUUGAAGACUGCAUAAUCUUUUACAUUCUGAUUUUAAUGUAGCCUGUCAGAUAAUCUACCAAAAGUACUAUUGUAGGCAUAACACAAGAAUUUUCAGUUAGAUUAACACAUUACGAAUGUGUUAUACUAUGAUAAUUUAUUUGAAGACCUUCUCUAAAUUAAAAUGGGCUCCACAUUACGUGACAACACAUAACCUACAAACAACAAUUUAGGAAUGCCAUUAGCACCAUGCUCCAACCACUGUACAUACUGUUACGCAGAUUUCGUAAGCAAUAAGUUUAAUUAAUGCGCUACUUAUGUAAGAUCUCACGCACCUGCAAAGUUUUUUUCAGAAAAUUGUAAAAUAUAAUAAAUAUGUAAAGCAGUAUUAAGUAA